AAAAGCAACAUCCUUUCCCUCUUCUCCCUUGAAUUCAACUUGAGAGUUCUUUGCCUUUUUUAACUCAGUUUUUCCUGAAGUUUCUUUGAGAUUACCUGGUUUUGGCUAUGGCGAUGCCGAAUCAAGCAUCCAAUACACUUGAACUUAUCAAGUUUCAUUUGCUUGGGGAGUUCUCUCCCAUUGGAAGCUUUUCUGGGCCAAUUUUCGAAGAACCAAGCUUGCAGUCCCAAACUUCGAGCUCUGAUUCUUCCAUCAAGGUCUCCGAUUUUGGGGGCCUUGAAACAACUGAUUUCUUCCAAUUCACCCCAAAUUUGAGCCCUUCCAAAGGAAAUGUUAGCGAUUUCUUCGAGUUCGAGUCAAAGCCCCGUGUCCUCGAUCUCACAACACCAAGAGACCAUAGUUCCAGCUCUGAAUCGAACUCGAACGCUUUAGAAUUCGACGUGAAACCUCAAGUAAUCGACUUUACAACAGAAAAACCUGAAGUUCCUCGGAAAUUGAGUCCAGAAAACCGGAAACCAUCUCUAAAGAUCUCCCUUCCGAAGAAAUCAGAGUGGAUCCAGUUCGGAAACCCGAAUCCCCAACCGCAACAAGCUUUACCUAAAGCGAGGAAACCUAAAGCAGAAGAGAGUAGGCAUUACAGAGGGGUCCGACAAAGGCCGUGGGGCAAGUUCGCCGCAGAAAUCCGUGACCCGAACAGGAAAGGGUCAAGAAUAUGGCUGGGAACAUACAACACCCCCAUCGAAGCUGCCAAAGCCUACGACCGAGCCGCGUUUAAGCUUCGUGGCUCGAAAGCAAUUCUCAAUUUCCCUCUCGAAGCCGGGAGGUACAAAGAAGGCGCCGGAGCCGGAGAGAAGAAACGGAGCAGAGACGAUAACGGCGAGCGGGAAGAGAGAGAAGUGAAGGCGGUGAAGAUCGAAAAGGAGGACGUCACAAAACGUCCGGAUGAUGCUGUCCUGACGCCGUCUAGUUGGAUGGCGGUUUGGGAUUGGGCCGACGGUGAUGUAAAGGGUUCAAUAUUCAACGUGCCGCAGUUGUCGCCGUUAUCCCCGCACCCGGCGUUGGGUUUCCCGCGGAUAACGGUUAAGUGAGAGCCUGCUCUUUUGCCGGCUGAUAGUGCUACGGUGGCCAUAACUUGGAUUUCUCGGAUGUAAAUAUGAUUGCGUUUUUCCAACGGAUAACUCGUGAUUCAGCUAUGGAGUGUGUCUGGAAUUGGGUCUUUAUUAUUUUUAUUAUUAUUAUUUUGAAAAAUAGUAAUUUUUUACAAAUAUUUUUACCCUAUUAUGGGAUGAGAACGU